AUGUCAAAUUUAACUACUUCAAUUCAAUUAACAAAACAAUCCACUUAUAAAUUAAAUAAUGGUCAACAUAUUCCUAUUGCAGGAUUUGGAACUUAUUUAAUUGAAGCUUCUAAAACUACUGAUUUAGUAUAUCAAGCUUUAAAAGAUGGUUAUAGACAUAUAGAUACCGCUAUGGUUUAUGGAAAUGAGAAAGAAGCUGCUGAAGGUAUAGCGAAAUUUCUUAAAGAUCAUUCAGAUAUUAAAAGAGAAGAUAUUUGGUUUACUACUAAAAUUUUUAAUCAAUAUCAAGGAUAUGAUAGAACAAAAGAAGCAGUUGAAAUUAUAAGUAAAGAUGUUAAACAAUAUAUAGAUUAUGUUGAUUUAAUUUUAAUUCAUUCACCAAAAACUUCAAAAGAUAAAAGAUUAGGUACAUGGAAAGCAUUACAAGAAUAUGUUUUAAAUCCAAAUAAUGAUACAUUAAAUAUUCAUUCAAUUGGUGUAUCUAAUUAUGGUAUUGAUCAUUUAGAAGAAUUAUUUAAUUGGGAAGGAUAUUUAAUUAAACCAGUUGUUGAUCAAUUAGAAUUACAUCCAUGGUUACCAAGAUUAAAAUUAAGAGAAUAUUUAGUAAAACAUGAUAUAUUAGCAGAAGCAUAUAGUCCAAUAACUCAAGGUCAAAAAUUAAACGAUCCAGAAUUAUUAAAAUUAAGUGAAAAAUUCAAAGUAUCACCAGUUGAAAUAUUAUUAAAAUGGUCAUAUUUACAAGGAUUUAUAGUAUUAGUUAAAACUGAAAAACCAUCAAGAAUAAAAGAAAAUUUAAAUGUUUUACCUGAUGGUCAUAAAAAUGGUGAUGAUGAUGAAUUAGAAGAAAAAAUUCAUUUAGGUAAAAUUGAUUUAGAACCUGAAAUUAUUGAAGCAUUAAAUUUACCUGAUUCAAAAGAAGUUUUAACUUGGGGUGGUAAAGAUCCAGCAUUAUUUAAAGAUGGAGAUGCUUAA